CCCGUGCGGCGUUGCGCGAGCUGAACGCGGAAGUGUGCGAGUUUUUCGUGGUGGAAAAAAGUUCUCAUUAGUUGUUUUCAUGCCAGCAUAAAAAAACAGUCACGUUUCGUUUCUCGACUCUGGUGAGAUUGUGUUGAAGCCAUUUGAAGACACCAAAGGGACCAGUACCUCUUAAGAAUGGGGAGUGAACCAGGCCCAGUUCAGAUCGUCACGGUGUGUAAGGAGGAUCACUCUUUCGGUUUGGACACGGAGGCUUUGUCUCGGGUUCUGUUGGCACCUGAGGUCCGAGACAAACAUGUGGUGGUGCUGUCAGUGGCUGGAGCCUUCAGAAAGGGAAAGAGCUUUCUGCUGGAUUUUAUGCUCCGUUACAUGUACAGAAAGGGUGAUGAGAACUGGCUGGGUGAGGAUGAUGAGCCGCUGACUGGAUUUUCUUGGAGAGGGGGUUCAGAACCAGAGACAACCGGCAUCCAGCUGUGGAGCGAAGUUUUCCCUGUUACAAAGAGCGAUGGAACAGAGGUGGCAGUGGUGUUGAUGGACACUCAGGGAGCCUUUGAUAAUCAGUCCACCGUGAAGGACUGUGCCACCAUCUUUGCCCUCAGCACCAUGACCAGCUCAAUACAGAUCUACAAUUUGUCACAGAACAUACAAGAGGACGAUCUGCAGCAGCUACAGUUGUUCACAGAGUAUGGUCGUCUCGCCAUGGAUGAGAUCUUCCUGAAGCCCUUUCAGUCUCUGAUGUUCCUAAUCAGGGACUGGAGCUUUCCUUAUGAAUAUGCAUACGGCUUUAAAGGAGGCAGUGAGUUCCUGGAUAAACGAUUACAGGUUAAGGAGGCCCAACACGAGGAGCUGCAAACAGUGAGGGAGCACAUUCAUUCAUGCUUCACCAAAAUUUCCUGCUUCUUGUUACCUCACCCUGGGUUGAACGUUGCUACCAGCCCUUCUUUUAAGGGACAGCUUAAUGAUGUGGCCCCAGAGUUCAGAGAGCAGCUGAAGAGCCUGAUUCCUAAACUGCUACACCCGGAUCGUCUGGCUGAGAAAGAAAUAAAUGGAAACAAAGUCACUUGCCGGGGCCUGCUUGAGUUCUUCAAGGCUUACAUCAAGAUUUACCAGGGAGAAGACUUGCCACAGCCAAAGACAAUGCUCAUGGCUACAGCAGAGGCCAACAACCUGGCAGCCGUGGCAACAGCCAAAGAUCAGUAUUACAAGAAAAUGGAGAAGGUGUGUGGGGGAGACUUGCCCUAUGUGUCUCCUGACUCUCUGGAGGAAAAGCAUCACUUUAACUUCAGAGAGGCUCUUCAUGCCUUCUCCUCGACCAAGAAGAUGGGCGGACAAGAGUUUUGUGACCGUUACCAAACACAGCUGGAAAAGGAGCUGGAGGAAAUGUGGCAGUCAUUUAGCAAACACAAUGAGUCGAAAAAUCUCUUCAGCGCCUUCCGGACACCUGCAGUGCUGUUUGUACUGGUGUGCUUCCUCUACGUGCUGUCAGGUGUGUUGCUCUUCAUCGGCCUGUCCACCUUCGCCUUGGUGUGUGACUGUACUCUGGGUGUGGUCAUGAUGUCCAUCCUGACGUGGGCCUUCAUCCGCUACUCCGGUCGGUACCGGACUGUAGGAGGAGCCAUCGACCAGGCAGCAGGUGUCGUCCUGGAGCAGGCCACCGUGGUGUUGAACAAGUCGAGGGGUACAAGCACUGUUGACCAGAAGAAAUCCAGUUAAAGGACCUCUGAACCUUCAUAAUCUUGAUGCAAUGCAACCAGCGCACAACACAAGCACACAUUCAGCACUAAAGCCUUAUCAUGCCACCCAUUGGAACAAACAUGCAGCUCAACCACAUUGGCACAAGGUAAAAAUAUGAUGCCAAUUUACCAGCAUCUGUAUUAUGCACGUUACUCUGCCUGUUAAAGUUCAGGCUCAUAAAGGUGUCUGGAUUCACUCAGUCAGGGAUUGAAACCAUCCCAAUCCCUCUUAUUGAUCCUCGAUGUCUUAAAUUUACACUGCCGUCAUUUUACAAGUUUACAAUUGGUCUUAAUAGACGAGUCAAUGUUUACCUUUAAACUUAAAAACACUUAAAUUUUCUAUUUCAGCUGAAUGCAUCUUACUUGGCUGUAUAUUGUUCAGACAGGGUAAUCAGGGUGCUUUUCAAACAGAGCUUCUGCAUUAUAUCUUUAAAUAAUUACCUUUAAACUAAAUUCUGGCUUUAAAGCUUUGACAUUUAUACAUAUUUCUUUGUGGCUAUAUUUUUUUACUUUGUGGCCUUAAAAACAUUCCAUUCUGUUCGAUUUUGCUUUAUAUUUGAUAUAAAUUAGCAUUUUCCAGACGAGUGAACUGUCACUACUUUAAAAGGGGAAGAGGAUACACAGUUUCUAUAUAGCACAGUAGGUUUUGUAAACUGCAUGUAAUGGUAGUUGAGUUGAAUCUCGUAUGUUUCAAGUGCUUUGCCGUUUAUUCCUUGAUGGAAAUAUGUUCAACUUUGUAGAUUUUGAUAUACUCUUCUAGAAAAAUGAUAUAUAUAUAAAGUAGCUUAAUUUCAGCAACAUUUUCCAACUCCAAAGACAUUAAUGGAAUACUCAAAGGUAUUGUUGAACACCCAAUAUAAUAAAACUAGCGACCAGUCAGCCAAAGAGUUAGCUUUAAAUAUUUGAAUUAUACUUUGGCCUUGUACUCUUAUCACUUCAAACCUCAGUAAAUAUAAAUUCAAAUAAAGUCUGCAGUGUAAACAGGAGAGUUCUGUUCCUUCAAAAAUUUAGAAAUUACUACAAUCAAAGUCAGAAAACACUGUUAUACAGUGAUAAACAUGUAGCAGAUAACAAGCAGAAUGCACACUACUAAUAAGCUGUAAAACCUGCCCCCCCCCCUUCUGCUUGUAUAUCCGUCUCGGUUUUCUGAGGUUUGCACCAAUUGAACAGGUUUUGAUCAAAUUUGGUUGUUGUAAAAUGAAUCCUUCACACGUAGUCCUGUUGGUAUAUUAUUUCCUGACGUAAUGAGACCCUUCGUAGCCAGUGCUAUCAGCUGCACUGUAAGAAAACACUCUGCGAUAUAUCACUGAUACAGUUUAUAGAGUUCAUAUUGGUGAUGUGUGUCUCUAUUAAGGUUCUAAUGUCAUCUGAAGUGUAACUGUAUAAGAAAAUCUUGUCAAUGUAAAACUUCUUCUUGAAUAUGACAAACUUUUUGGUAAAAUAAUCACUGUAUUCGUGGCCAUCAAUCCAGCUUGAAACUAUUGCGUGCCGGGGUUAGAGAUUUACUUCCACAUAAUUCUUAUGUAACAUUUAAUGAAACCAUAUUACAGGAAAGGAAAAAUAAUAAAUUUGGGCCGACUUGUUGCAUAGGUCCACGUUUACUUGCACCCAUUUAAUCAAUCAGCUUUAUUUUUUAUUUUUUUCAAAAAUCAGUCAUACAGGGAAUUUAAAAGGUGGAUUUAUUAGGUUUUAGUUUUCCUUUGUGUGGCCAAGGCAGGGUUUUCUCAGGCCAACCCAGAAUGAAUCAGACAUUGGAUUAAAGGACUCUGAUUAUUUGCAGGUGUGCCCUACAUCUCUGAAUAUGAUUAAAUGCAGAUUCUUUCAGGAAAUAUUGGAUUGGCAGUGGAAUGGCAUGUAGUGUUGUAAAAUAGACCUUUUGAAAUGCCACAAGAGAGAAAGUAUUAUCUGCACUUCAGCAUCUAACCAUAUAUAUUCCCUGUGCUCAAAUACAGAGUAGAAACGCACAAAGCUGACUAACAGUGUCUUCAUCUCAGUGAUUGUUUGAUACUGUAGGUAUACGUUGUAAGAGUACGGGGCCAAAACAGAAGUGUAGAAAUAUGGAGGGAGAGAGAUUUAAUCAAUCGAUGAUUUUUGACCGUGUUUUUGCACAUUCCAUGUCUGACACUUUCCACAAGAGGAGGAAACGUUAGGAUGUUUUACAGGCACUUUCUAUUGCACUUCCCCUCCUCUUUGGUGCUCUUUGCACACAGCUCGUUCCAAAAGUGGAUAAAUGCAUGCAAUAUUGUAGUAACGGCUAAUGUAAUCAUCUCCUGCAGGGCUACAGUGGCCGUGACUAGAGAAAUGCUGUUUUAUAAGGAAUAAACAGAGCUUGAAACUGUU